AUGGGCAGCCUCUCUGAGAAGAUGGGCCCUCUUCCUCUUCCCCUGCUGUUCUUUCUCCUAUGCUCCAGAUCCGAAGCUGGGGAGAUCAUUGGGGGCACAGAAUGCAAGCCUCACUCUCGCCCCUAUAUGGCCCACCUGGAAAUUGUCACUGCCCAGAAUGAAGUAGCACAUUGUGGUGGUUUCCUGAUAAGACGGAACUUUGUGCUGACAGCUGCUCACUGUGCAGGAAGGUCUAUAAUGGUCACCCUUGGAGCCCAUGACAUAAGGAAGAAAGAAGACACAUGGCAGAAGCUUGAGGUCAUAAAACAAUUCCCUCAUCCAAAAUUUGAUCACACUCUUACCCUUCACGACAUCAUGUUACUAAAGUUGAAUGAGAAAGCCAACCUGACUCUGGCCGUGGGGACACUCCCUCUUCCACCCCAGUUCAACUUCAUCCCACCUGGGAGAAUGUGCCGGGUGGCUGGCUGGGGAAUAACAGAAGUAGGGAAAUCAGGCUCCAACACUCUGCAAGAGGUGAAGCUGAGACUUAUGGAUACCCAGGCCUGCAGACACUUCCAAGAUUUUGACCCCAAUCUUCAGCUGUGUGUGGGCAAGCCCAAAAAGAGAAAAUCCGUAUUUAAGGGAGACUCAGGGGGCCCUCUUCUGUGUGCUGGGGUGGCCCAGGGCAUUGUCUCCUAUGGACAGUGGAAUGCCAAGCCCCCUGCUGUCUUUACCCGGAUCUCCCAUUACCGGCCUUGGAUCAAUAAGGUCCUGAAGGAGAAUUAACCCUGGAGCUUGGGCCAGUCCAAGAUGAAAUCUUAACAGGACCUGAGCAGGUUCUCUACAUCACAGACUGUGGAGCUGCCUUUGAUUCCUACGAAAGUCCUGCCACACCCCUAAUCCUCA